AUGACUCAAGCUCAGAUGCAGCGCACUGAAAACAUGAACAUGUUUAACUCGGACUCGAGUGGGGUGAACAACCCCAACAACGAGACUCUGAUCGACUCUUACCAGCCUCUGGACCCUGCGAGCGCUUCGCUGGGCGACUACAACCGCUCCAUGCUGCAGUACACUCAGCGCCAGAUGUCUACCUUUGUUGACACUGAUGACUCUCACCUCAGCAAGGGCUCCAGCAGCCGCAGUAGUCAGAGUAGCGGCCAAAGUGGUCGUAGCGGUGCCUCUGGCCUCGCUCGCCAGGCUAACGGACCUCCCACGUCUGUCAGCAAUGCUGCUCACAUCGCUGGUAAUAAGGUCUCUGGCCGUGAUAUGGCCAAGUCCGAAUUUUAG